AUGACGAAGAGAACCAAGAAGGUCGGCGUGACCGGUAAAUACGGUACCAGAUACGGUGCCUCCCUCCGAAAGCAGGUCAAGAAGAUGGAAAUCACCCAACACGCCAGAUACGUCUGCACCUUCUGCGGAAAGACCACCGUCAAGAGACACUCUGUUGGUAUCUGGGACUGCAAGUCGUGCCACAAGACCGUCGCUGGAGGAGCCUACACCGUGUCAACACCCGCAGCUGCUGCCAUGCGAUCAACGCUUCGACGAUUGAGGGAAAUUGCUGAGGUUUAAAUGGGACACGGAUGGUGAU